AGCAAUUUUCAUCAAACAACACGACCCUCGACCCUCGCCCUCUCCACCCCCCAUAACCCCCCUUUUCUAGAACCGCUGUUGUCUCUCGAUUUCACUUGCAAUCAUGGCUGCCAACGGCGACUUCUCUGACGACGAGUCCCAGCCUGGAUCCCCCAUGCUCGAUGCGAACGGUCACGAUGACAUCGAAGAGCAAGAGCCCCUCGACCAGGAGGCCAAGCCUCUGAAGUCUGCGAUGAAGAAGGAAGUUCCUCCUCCCCAGCCCAAGCGGCCAGAGCUGCCCGAGCAGCCGAAUCCGGAGACUCUGGACCUGUCCACCCUGACUCCUUUGACCCCCGAAAUUAUUGCGCGCCAAGCCACAAUCAACAUUGGCACCAUCGGUCACGUCGCUCACGGCAAGUCGACGGUCGUUAAGGCUAUCUCCGAGGUCCAGACUGUCCGUUUCAAGAACGAGUUGGAGCGAAACAUUACGAUCAAGCUGGGUUAUGCCAACGCAAAGAUCUACAAGUGCGACAACCCCGAGUGCCCUAGGCCGACAUGCUUUAAGAGCUUUAAGAGUGAGAAGGAAGUCGACCCGCCUUGUGAGAGGGAUGGCUGCGGUGGCCGCUACAGACUGUUGAGACAUGUGUCUUUCGUCGACUGCCCCGGUCACGAUAUUCUGAUGAGUACUAUGUUGUCUGGUGCCGCCGUCAUGGACGCUGCCCUCCUCCUUAUUGCCGGAAACGAAACUUGCCCUCAACCUCAGACUUCGGAGCACUUGGCUGCCAUCGAAAUCAUGAAGCUCAGCCACAUCAUCAUUUUGCAAAACAAGGUGGACUUGAUGAGAGAGGAUGGUGCCCUGCAACAUUACCAGUCGAUCUUGAAGUUCAUCCGUGGUACUGUCGCCGAUGGCUCUCCGAUCAUUCCCAUUUCUGCACAGCUCAAGUACAACAUCGAUGCUGUCAACGAAUACCUGGUUUCGCACAUUCCCGUCCCCGUCCGCGAUUUCACCGCUUCCCCCCACAUGAUCGUCAUUCGUUCCUUCGAUGUGAACAAGCCUGGUGCCGAAAUUGAGGAGCUGAAGGGUGGUGUUGCCGGUGGUUCGAUCUUGACUGGUGUUCUGAAGCAGAACGACGAGAUUGAGAUUCGUCCCGGUCUGGUCACCAAGGACGAGAACGGCAAGAUUCAGUGCCGUCCCAUCUUCUCUCGGGUCAUGUCCCUCUUUGCCGAGCACAAUGACCUCAAGUUUGCCGUCCCUGGUGGUUUGAUUGGUGUCGGUACUCGUGUGGACCCUACUCUGUGCCGUGCUGAUCGUCUCGUUGGUUUCGUCCUGGGUCACCGCGGACGCCUUCCCGCUAUCUACACUGAGUUGGAAGUCAACUACUUCUUGCUUCGUCGUCUGCUCGGUGUCAAGACUGCCGAUGGCAAGCAGGCCAAGGUUGCCAAGCUUACUAAGAACGAGGUUCUCAUGGUCAACAUCGGUUCUACGGCUACCGGAGCUAAGGUCGUGGGUGUCAAGGCUGAUGCUGCCAAGCUCAGCUUGACCAGCCCUGCCUGUACCGAGGUCGGAGAGAAGAUUGCCAUCAGUCGGAGAAUUGAGAAGCACUGGCGUCUGAUCGGUUGGGCCAACAUUGUCGCUGGUAACACCCUUGAGCCCAUCCUGAACUAAAGAAUUUAUUGCCCGCUUGGAUGGCCAGGCUUGUAUCCAUCAGGUUACGGCUGAUGGAGAAGUCAAAGAGUAUCUGACACCAAGUCUUGGCAGGGUCAAGUCACGAAUGAAGUAGAAUGGUUUGCAGUAGCGAGAGGGGGUGUCAGUUAACUCCC